UAUUAUACCUGCUCACCCUGCUGCAUUCUGGGUAAAGAAGCUGCAGUCUGCCAUUAAACGCACGCAGAAGAAGGAGAAGCGGUUCUGACGGACCCGGACCCGGACCGGGAUGCUGUGAUAUGGACGCGGAUGAGUCCCUUGGGGAGACGCGGCGGUACCGGUACCGGGAUGCUGGGCGUGCUGCGGGCCACGCUGUCCCUGCUCUGCACGCUGCUCUGCUGGGUCUGGAACCGAACCGCAGCCGCCGUCCGGAGAACCGAACCCCGAACCGCAGACGAACCCGGCAGCGGGAGUCCGGAGCGAGGAGAGCGGAUCAGGAAGCACCACGGGCGGGCCUUCGAGUUCAUCUCGGCGGCGCUGAGGCUCGAUGAGGACGAUCGAGGUGACAAGCAGCAGGCGGUGAGCUGGUACCAACGAGGAAUCAUCGAACUGGAGAGAGGAAUCGCCAUCCAGAUCUCAGGACGUGGAGAGAAAUCUGAUCGAGACAGACGGCUGCAGAACAAGAUGAGCACCAACCUGACUGCAGCCAAAGACCGACUGCAGUCUUUAGUCAGCGGGCUCUCAGGAUCCGGGGCUCAGACAUACAUUUACACUGAUGGCACUAACCCCGUCUACCACGCUUCCCACCUGCACUCAGCAGGUGGCGCUGUCUCCAGAAAGAGAGACUCUGUGAAUCCGGCAUCGGCCAGCCGACCAAAGCUCUUUCCAAAGACGUCCUGUUCUUCCUCCUCCUCUUCCUCUGGGGGCCUCCAUCGCUGCUCCACCCUCAGCUCCCGGCGCCCCCUGCAGGGCAGAAUGAGUCGUCACAGCGGGAGAGCCGGCUCCCCGACACUGCUGAAGAAGAAAGACUCAAAGAACCUGAAGAACGUGGACGGGAAGCUCGCCGAACUCAUCCUCAGCGAGGUCGUCGACAGCUGCUUGUCCGUGAGGUUCGAGGACGUUGCCGGUCAGGAUUUGGCAAAGCAGGCGUUGCAGGAGAUCGUCAUCCUGCCGGCGCUGCGACCGGAGUUGUUUACAGGACUGCGCACUCCGGCCAGAGGACUUCUUCUGUUCGGUCCACCCGGCAACGGCAAGACAAUGCUGGCUAAAGCUGUGGCUGCUGAGUCCAACGCCACCUUCUUCAACAUCAGCGCCGCCAGCUUAACCUCCAAAUAUGUGGGUGAAGGAGAGAAGCUGGUUCGAGCUCUGUUCUCUGUGGCCAGAGAGCGGCAACCCUCAAUCAUCUUCAUCGAUGAAGUGGACAGUCUGCUGUGUGAGCGGAGGGAGGGCGAGCACGACGCCAGCCGACGCCUCAAGACCGAAUUCCUCAUCGAGUUUGACGGAGUCCAGUCAGGAGCUGAUGACCAGGUGCUGGUGAUGGGAGCCACCAACAGGCCUCAGGAGCUGGAUGAGGCUGUUCUCAGGCGUUUUGCUAAGCGUGUGUAUGUCGCUCUGCCAGCCGAGGAGACUCGCUUCCAGCUGCUGAAGAACUUGCUGGAGAAACAUGGAAACCCACUGACUCACAGAGAGCUGAGCCAGCUGGCCAGAAUGACAGAGGACUACUCCGGCAGUGACCUCACCUCAUUGGCUAAAGAUGCCUCCCUGGGACCAAUCAGAGAGUUGCGGCCAGAACAAGUGAGGAACGUGAAGGUCAGCGAGGUCCGAAACAUUUGUUUUAGAGACUUUGUAGAGUCUCUGAAGAAGAUCCAGAGAAGUGUCAGUCCGCAGACUCUGCAGGUUUACGUCCGCUGGAACAGAGACUACGGAGACACUACGGCUGUGUAAACUACACAAACUGACUUCUUUUUGAUCUACAGCAGUUUUAUGAACCUUUGUACCAAUGUUUCUACAAAAUAAAGAAUCUUCACCUUGUA